AUGGCACCUACCACUCCUAAGCGUAAGCGUGGUAGCCUUCACAACAUCUUCGAGAACCUUGACAUCUCACCCACCAAGGCUCACAAGUCAGGCUCGUACGGCUCUUCACCCAAGAACAUUGUCCGCAGUUUACGCACCAAGUUUCAAACUCACUGGCCACCCCGCGGUUCAGUUCGUGCGCGUCCCUUGCCUUCAAACUUCACUGUCCGCAUGGAUGGCCCCUACGACUGGUACCGCUUUGAGGAAGAUCCGGAUGAGAUCUUCCAAGAAACUGAAGGCUUUAGCAACGAGAUUACAGCUAUGCUCAAAGAUCUCACUCCUGCCGAAAAUGUCAAGUUCGAGGAUCACUUGGUGGAUGUCCUCACUCGCUUUGUGUUCGGCUCAAACCUCAUCGAGAAUGCUGGCGCUAGUCUCGAAAUUACUCUCCAGAUCUGCACCAAGAUCUUCCAAGGACAGCACAUUAACGAAGAGAUAUCCGAGCGUGACCAAGAGUACCAGGAUCUUCGUGCCGAGAUGCUGAGCCAAUCUCUUGGUGGUAUCGAGAAUGCAGUCAUCCGUUCUCGUCGCGAAAUUGUUCAACAUGCGCGCGCUCUCACCUAUCUGGUCAACGAAAUGGUCAUCAUGGACAACCCACUCUCCGAAAAUAUGAUUCUGGAGACCCACAAGAUUCUCACCUACAAAGUCGACUCUUCCGAUGGUGACACCUACCACGAAUAUGGUGGCCAGUAUCGUACCCAGCCCGUUGGCGCUGGCUUUACCACCUUCACUGCACCCGGCAGUGUCCCUGGCGAAAUGCGCAGCUUGGUUGUAGACUUCAAUGAAGACCUUGACAUCGCUAGCAAAGCUGGACACCUCGAUCCUUACUGGCUUGCAGCAAAGUACUGCCACAAGUUCGUCAACAUACACCCAUUCGCCGAUGGAAACGGUCGCACCUGUCGCCUGAUCCUCAAUGCCAUACUUGCCAAGUAUGCCGGUAUCAUCGUAGCCCUGGGAGAGAAGGAAGAAGAGCGUGAUGCUUAUCUUGAGGUCGCAGGUCGUGGAUCUGCAAGCCAACAGAGUUGGGACGGUCAAGACAUGGACGAUGACGACGUCAACGUGACUCCUCCCCCUUGGGGCGAGCUCGGAUACCUGACCCUCAGUGGCGCAAAGAAGAGCAUGAAGAACAUGAAGGACGCUCUCAAGGAGAAGCUCGCAAAGUAA